ACUUCUGAAUUCCAAAUUAGACUUGAAGAAUAUUUUCUAAAUUGUUUUUUUCUAUAGUUUUUUCAUUAAUUUUGGAUGGGGUCAGAAGGUUCGAUUGAUGAUAUUGAUAGUUUAGUAUCAGUAGAGAUUAUUCUUGCUGAUCAAUAUGAAACUAAAGAUAUAUGUGAAGUCAACGUUUUGGUGGCGACUCUGAAAGAUAAGAAAGCUAUAUCACCUGCCAUCAGAAGUUUGGCGAAGUUAUUUCCUAUUUCCAAAGAUUUGAUCCAUUUGAAGAGGGUUAAAAUUGACAAAGAAGCCGAUAAAAUUGAAAUAAUCAUUUGUAAAGUGGAUGGAGUUGAUAUAGACCAAAUCAAACUAAAAUUGUCUGAUGUAUUAGAGUACUCCAGUGUGAAAAUUACCGCUGUUCCAAGUAAUGCACCUCUGAAUCGUUGGCAGUUCGAGAAAUCAUCACGCCUUUGGCCAACAAAUUUUUUUGAAAAUAAAGAGAUAACUCAUAGACUCGAUGGAACUUGUCUUGACUCUACUGAUCGACUUUUCAUUUAUCAAACAAUGAAAGAUUUAGUAAAUAGGACAAAGGAAAAUGUUGACCGAACUUAUGGUGCAAUCGUAACAUCAAAUUUUCAAGUUUUGGUUAUUUCUGGUGAUAAAAUUAAUGAUCAUCCCUUACGACAUUGUUCAAUGAAUUUGAUUGAUUUAAUGGCUUCAACUCAAGGUGGUGGAGUUUGGUAUAAUCAAGGAAAACUUGAUGAAAAUUCAUCACUGUUAAGUACAGAGUCCGACCCUGAUGCUUAUUUAUGUACUGGACAUGACGUUUAUUUAACCAAAGAACCUUGUAUAAUGUGUUCCAUGGGCCUUCUCCAUUCAAGAAUUAGAAGAAUUUUCUUUUUGGAUCAAUCUAUGAAUACAUUGGAUAUGCCAUUACAAAAAGGAUGUCCGGACGAUUUCGCUUUAUCCAAAAUGAAGCUACACACAAAUUCUGAUAUAAACCAUCGAUUUGAUGUUUGGCGAGUAAAAUUAAAAAAAUGUUGAGAAUAGACAUUUCCAAUCUCUUUGUUUAAAUCCAAGUGGAGAAUGUAAUUGGGUUUUAAUAUUACGAUCAGUUAUUAUUUCUUGUGGUGCUGUACAUGAUUACACUGAUCAGAAUCAUCUAUUAACAUCACCUCUUCUUCUUCUAACUUCAGAUCUUCGGUCAGAAGGGGAACGUACAUCUAUUUAAAAUUAUUCAUGAUUAAUAUCUACUGUAGAAGUACUGAGGCCAUACAAAUUGAUUUACCUGAUUCUUGGUUACCCCUUCUUCGCCUACCACGACGAUUGGCUCGUGCUUGAUUGCGCUGUCGACGAUUUCUUCUUCUACGACGAGUUUGUCUAUUCACUCCUGAGCUAAAAUAAUUGUUCUCCGGUCGAUUUUCCCUUGGUUGAAAUAUUUCCAUUUGAAGUUGUCUACUGGGCUCUACGAUUCCACUGUUUUGAGAUCGAGGUGAUGUAUUGACUCCAACAUCUCUGAUAGUUGGUAAAACAAUGUUUUCAGGCCAUGUGAUAAAAUUGAAUGAAUCGUUGGUUAUUGUUGAAUCACUCGAGCUGACAGGACUAGAAAUUGGUGAUACUUUUUCUAAUUUAAUAUUGGCCAAUUGGCAAUACCGGCGAAUCAAAUUAUCAACCAUCAAUACUCGACUUCGAUUGGAAUAAUUCACUCGGCAAAUAGGACAUCGACCUGUCUCUCGUCUCCAUUGGGCCAAACAAUUGAAACAAAAGGUGUGCGAGCAAUUAAUAUUCACUGCAUUGUUAACCAACUGUUGACAAAUGGCACAUUUCAACUCACUCUCUAUCAACUCACAAAGCUGCUCAUACAUUCCAGAGUUUUGAUUAACAUCUGAAACCCCACUAGAUGCUGUACUACCAAUCAUAGUUGAAACCGAUGACCCACCAUUAUUAGAUUGAUCAACUUUCGAUUUAUCGUUCUUUUUGGAUCCACUUUUACUCCCAUUUUUUUCAGUAUUGUUAGAACUCAUUUAAACAAACGUAAAUCUUGAAAACCAAACAAUCAAACAAAUGAAGAAAAAAUUACAACAAAAAAAGGACUAUAUUAACAACAAUGUACCAAUUACAUCCACUUUAAGAGGGAUGACCAAUCAAACAGCUUUUGGAUUCUAUAAUAAUGUCUCAAGGAUUUUACUCCCAAAGUGUCAUCGUUGUGAAUAAUUGAUUCAAUAAUACAUCAUAUAAACAGAUUUACCUCUGUAUAAGCUAAAUCAGCUAACAGAUACGUUAUUCAGACUCAUUAAACAAUUGACUAGUAACUAAA